GGAGGAGGAGUGCACUCACUCUGGGCAGCAUUCAGACUCUUUACUCUAUAAAGUGAGCUAAUAAAAGUUGAUGUUGCUACAGAUAGUAGUCUUACAGAAAGACAGAGGCGCUCUGUUCCUCAGCUCUGCUGCUGUGGGAGGAGAAGAGCAGAGGAGAAGCAGAAGGUCCUAAUGCCCACCAGAACACACCCGCAGCAGCAGCAGCAGCAGCGAAGGCCACGGAGCUUAGCCUGUCAGCUAGCUUAGCUCAGCUAGCUCACUAAAUAACGAGAUAUGCAGCCGGAUAACGUUAGUGAUACAACUAGUCUUUACUCCUAAACAUCAGCAGAGAUUCUGUACAGUAGUGUAAUAGAGGGUUCAGACCCCUGAUCCUGCUAAAUUAUUUAUUAUUAAUAGUAAUCUGGUUUUGCAUGUUAGCAGGAGGCUAGCGCGGCUAAAACGUAAACACUGUCAUUUGGAGGUGGAGCGGGUUGACCAGGUGGAGGAGCCAUGCACAGCUGUGUGUGGAGCUGUAGGGCUCUCUCGCCUGCCCUGCUCCCACGCCUCUUCUCAGAGACUAGAUGCUGUGGACACAGGCUGGAGCACCAGGGCCAGUGGGGCUCGAUUCGGUUUUUGACCACAGCUAAGGACAGCCAUCCCACCCCCCUACCCGGCCAGGCCCGAGUGGUGAUAUGUGGUGGGGGCAUUGUUGGAACGUCUGUAGCCUAUCAUCUUGCCAAGUUAGGCUGGACAGAGAUUGUUCUCCUAGAGCAGGGGAGACUUGGUGCUGGCACAACUCGGCUUUGUGCAGGAAUAGUAAGUGUUGCCAAACCCAUUACUAUUGAGAGCCAGAUGGCAAACUACUCAAAUUCACUUUAUGAGCGUUUGGAGGAGGAGACUGGCGUCAAAACAGCUUUUGUCAGGACUGGCUCACUCUGUUUGGCUCAGAAUCAGGACCGUUUCCUUUCCCUGAAGCGUUUGGCUUCCAGGCUUAAGGUUCUUGGAAUUGCCUGUGAUGUCAUCAAACCCAAAGAUGUUGCCAAGCUUCAUCCCUUGGUGAAUAUUCACGAUCUAGUAGGUGCUCUUCAUCUUCCAGGAGAUGCUGUGGUUUCACCACCAGAUGUUAAUCAUGCUCUUGCUGUGGCAGCAGCCAGGCAUGGUGUUCAGAUUCAUGAACGAACGAGUGUGAAUCAUGUUCUGGUGGAGAAGGGUCAUGUGACAGGAGUGGAGACAGACAGAGGACCCAUCGAGUGUGAAUACUUUGUCAACUGUGCUGGACAGUGGGCGUAUGAGCUGGGUCAGAGUAGUGAAGUGAAAGUAUCAGUACCUCUGCAUGGCUGUGAGCACUUCUACCUCCUCACCAAACCUUUACAGGAGCCACUUCCUCCCAGCACACCAGUGGUGAUGGAUAUGGAUGGGAGGAUCUAUGUACGCGCCUGGCAGGGUGGAGUUCUCUCAGGAGGCUUUGAGAAGAACCCAAAACCCAUCUUCACUGAGGGUCGAAAUCAAUUAGAGAUACAGAACAUGCAGGAGGACUGGGACCAUUUUGAGCCCAUGCUGAAUGCAUUGCUGAGGAGAAUGCCGAGCCUGGACUCCUGUGAGAUCCACCAGCUGGUGAACUGUCCCGAGUCCUUCACCCCAGAUAUGCGCUGUCUCAUGGGGGAGACUCCAGGAGUGCAUGGUUACUUCGUUCUUGCAGGCAUGAACUCAUCUGGUCUGUCCUUUGCUGGAGGAGCAGGAAAAUAUUUGGCUGAUUGGAUGACCUAUGGUUACCCAAGCGCCAAUGUUUGGCCUCUGGACAUCAAACGCUUUGGAAAUCUGCAGAGCAGCCGCACCUUUCUGCGCCAUCGUGUGAUGGAGGUUACGCCUCUACUGUAUGAGCUUAAAGUUCCAAGAUGGGAUUUCCAGACUGGCCGGCAGCUGCGCACCAGCCCCUUGUAUGAUCGACUCGACACUCAGGGGGCUCGCUGGAUGGAAAAACAUGGGUUUGAACGUGCCAAAUAUUUUGUCCCUGCUGGAAAGGAUUUGCUGGCCUUGGACCAAAGUAAGACCUUUUAUAAGCCGGACUGGUUUGACAUUGUUGGUGCUGAAGUGAAGUGCUGUAAAGAGGCCGUGUGUGUCAUUGAUAUGUCCUCCUUCACUAAAUUUGAGCUUACAUCAAGUGGAGACCAAGCCCUGGAGCUGCUCCAGAGGCUGUGUGCCAAUGACCUGAAUGUUCCUGUAGGACACAUUGUCCACACUGGCAUGCUCAACGAGAGAGGCGGCUACGAGAAUGACUGCAGCGUAGUGCGGCUUAGCAAAAACUGUUUCUUCAUCAUCUCUCCUACGGAUCAGCAAGUGCACUGCUGGUCUUGGCUCAAAAGGCACAUGCCCAGUGAUCCACAGCUUCACUUAGAGGAUGUCAGCUGGAAAUACACUGCUCUUAAUCUGAUUGGUCCUCGGGCGAUGGAUGUACUAUCUGAACUCUCCUAUGUCUCUAUGACUCCAGAGCACUUCCCUUCUCUGUUCUGUAAGGAAAUGAGUGUGGGCUAUGCCAAUGGAAUCAGGGUAAUGAGCAUGACUCACACCGGAGAGCCAGGCUUCAUGCUGUAUAUCCCUAUAGAGUAUGCACUGCAUGUGUAUAAUGAGGUGAUGUCAGUGGGUCAGAAGUAUGGCAUUCGUAAUGCAGGCUACUAUGCCCUGCGAAGUCUCCGCAUCGAGAAGUUCUUCGCCUUCUGGGGGCAGGAUCUGGAUUCAUUCACUACACCACUUGAAUGUGGACGUGAGUUCCGUGUUAAAUUUGACAAGCACACAGAUUUCCUGGGCCGAGAAGCUCUUCUGCAGCAGCGUCAGGAAGGAGUCACCCGCCGCUUCAUCAUGCUCGUCUUGGAUGACCAUGAUACGGAGCUGGACCUGUGGCCCUGGUGGGGUGAGCCCAUCUACCGCAAUGGAGAGCUAGUGGGAGUGACCACGAGCAGCGCCUACAGCUACACCCUGGAGAGACACGUGUGCCUGGGCUUCGUCAGCCCCCCCAGCCUUGAUGGCACUCCCGCUGUGGUCACCCCCGACUUCAUCAACCGUGGUGACUAUGAGGUGGACAUUGCUGGACAGAGGUACCCAGCCAAAGCCAAACUGUACCCCUUUAGCUCCCUUUUUGCCCAGCAGAGACGACGCAAGGACGACAUGGAGCUGAGCAACUUUCAGGGCAAGUAGAGAGGCAUGCUGUGCUUAGCUGACGUGUCCAGACCCGAAGGGAGGGUCCAAAUGAAUCGAGGAAUGGGAUUAGUAGUAUGGUUCUUAAUGCAUACACCUCCACCUUCUUGUUCUUACUUCACUCCCAGUGCCAACCUGUCUGUCCUGUUAGUUCUGCUGUUUCGUGCUUUGCCUCCUAAGUGCAAUAACGGUUAUACACACACACCAAAUGAUCUGCCAGGAGCCUCACUCCUCAUACAGCUCCGCUUUAAGCUGUCUUUGUUUGUUUAGUAUGUGUGAGGGCUUGCAUCACUGUGGCUUCUGUUAUUUGUUGUUUAGGAGGUUAUAUUCAGUGGUAUCAGAGAAACAACUCUGGAUUUAAACGUUUAGCCUGUGUUACACUGCAGAAGCUACACCUUAACAAGUGAAAUGUUUUUUUAAUCUAAUCUGAGGUGUCCCAUUUAGCAGUUCAAUUUUAUGACUGUUUAAGGCUGAAUUUAAAAAUAAAAAAAUACAUUUCACAAAAGAGGAAGAUUUUCUUAUCUUCUCCCCAAUCUUAUUACCUAUUAGAGAACUUAGUAAAGAUUGUUUUUCUUUCUUAAUUUUCCCUAAAAUUUAGAUUGUAAGCUCCAGAAAUGAAAAACUAAUGAAAAUCCAUUUCUUGUUUACUAUAGCAAAUGGUUAAAAAUAAAUGUUUUUUUUUAGGUUUUUACCUGAUUUUCUAUUUCUAAAUUUAGCCCUAAACAGUCAGAAAAUUGACCCGUUAAACAUUACACUGACCCUAAAUAUACAAUAUCAUAAAGUGCAAAGGUAAUUGGCAACUAUUUUUUACUUGUUUUAAGUAAUUUAAUCUACUGAAGGUGUCUGACUGCACUGGCAGAUUGUUUAGCUUUUCUCAAGUAUUUUUUUCAUGACAAAGCUACAUUUUCUGUUAUUUCUUUGAUUAAACAAAAUGAUCUGCCAGUAAAAUAAGACACCUUUACUACAUAAAAUUAUUUAAACGACUAAAAGGUAAGAUAUACAUAAGUUAACUCAUCUUAUUAUAUUGUUACAUCAAUCUAAAAAUGAGAAAUAUUUUAUAUUUUGACUACAUUUGAAUGGAUGGUUAAGAUGUAUUUGUUUGCAGUGUAGUCUUCCUGUUGUGUUCUCUUUUGCUGAAACGCACAAACAGAACUGGAGCGUCUGCUUUCUUGCAGAGAACGAGACUUAAUGAGUGAUGAAUGUAAUAUUAUGGCUCCUUUUUGGUACCAUAGUCUGUGAGUUGGUGAAUAGACUUGAUGUUUGGAUUGAGUAUCACAGCUGUUGCUGUUGUCUUUUCAGUCUUUUUGACUGAAGAGGUUCCUGAUAAUUGAACCAGUGUCCUUCAGUCAUUCAGACUAAUGGAUGGGAAAGGUGUUUGUGAUCUCAGUGAAAGCCAGAAGGAGAAACAGGGUAAAAUCAGAAGAGAAAAGUCUACUUGAUCAUUGUAGUGAUGAACUGUGUUUUUGUUGUCGUCAUCUUUGGUGGAAGUUGUUGGUAAAGUCUUUGUGUGCACACUUUUUGUCUGGUUUGGUGUGUUCUCGCUAUAGAUCUUGAACCAAAAACCAAGCCUUUUUCGGUUAUAUUUCAGAUAAAGGGAUGUAUUUUUAUAUGGACAGAGUGUACAAAAUAUCCUUUUUGGUAUGUCAGAUUUGUACAGUUCUUUUAAGAUUCCUUGUAAUACAACUGCUCUAAUAGAUGGAGAUGUCCACAAGAAAAUCACAUUAAAUUUUGUCUUUGUUGGUCUGCAGCUGUAUAAAAGCACAUUUCAGAGAAACGGUGGCUGUCCGCAUGAAAAGCACUUUUUUAAUUGAUGUUUAUGAACUUGCAAACUUGAAAUUACUUUCAAGCAUCAAAAAAUCAGAUGUUAUUCUUGCGUUCAUUGGUGUUCCAGACCCAGUUGGGUAGCCUGUUGGACUUUGAAUCAUUUAAAUCACAAUUGUUUUAAUAAUCAGCACUGUGUUUUUGUUUUAUGUGUAUGUCUGGGUCACCUGGUCAUGAUGUAUGUAGAUUCUGUAAACCACAUUCUUUUAAACUUGUUAGUCAGUUGCGUCUCCAGUAAGACAGACUGGAAUCUGAUUGGUUGCUGUGUGGGACAGAACGUGCAGACCUACUCUUUAUGUCGCUAGAAGUUGUUUAUCUGCUGCACUUAAAUUAAUUACUGCUUCAAAAUUUAUGUUUUUUUUUUUUUCUUUUUUCCACACAGGCACAAACCUAAAUGCAUCAGAAUUUAGAUUUAGAAUUUAGACACCCAACAAACCAUGUGAGCAUGUUGUCUCCACUGAUUAGUUAGAGCUGUCUGGGGCAGAGCUAGAAAGUAAAUACAGCAAGGGUGUCCAGUGUGAAGCUGCUUUCAUACUGAAUGUAGAAAAUGUGGUGCUGCGCUUUAAAGCCUUUUUUUUAUGGGAUAUGCACAGUGCAGAUGUCCACACAGUCGUGGGGGUAAGCAGCAGGGACUGCAGGGGAUGCAUACCAUAUUAAGUGUGAAAAUCGCUUACUUAGCCUAUUGCUUGAAGCAGCAGCAGAGACGUGAUUGUUCACAGGAGUAGUAAUAAUCUGGGUAAUAAAUCAGGUUAAACUGCACCUGAACAGCCAUUUAUCUUAAACAUAAGAAGUGUACAAUUUAUAGUUUGGCAGAUCGAGGUCUGAUCAUGUUAUCAACCACAAAUGAACUGCUCCAGAGUAUGUUUGGGACUGGACUGAGACCAACCACUUCCUCUCGCAGGUCUUGGUAUGAAUGUUUUGAUCCCCAUCUGAGUGCAAUUACUGCAUUCACACCUGCCAAAACGAACCGCACCAUGGGUGCAAAUAGAUCAGAGUCCGUUUUUACCAGACCAGAUAGUGCUGAUGUAAAACCAUCCCCAAGACCCCAAUUAAAGGAUCUAAAAAUAUCUUAUAAAAAAAUAAAUAUCUAAUAUUUUAAAUGCAAAUUUUUCCAUUUGCGCUUGUGCUUUAUCGUGGCUUGGCUUUAUCCAAAUAAAAUCUUGACAAUUAAGAUGGAUAAAGUGACUGGCCACUUCAUGUGACUAGUAUCUGGAUUCUAUCCUGAUUUUAAGCACAUGCACAUUAGAUUCAGCUCCGGUUAGUCAGAAAUAUAAUAACAGAUUAUUCUGCAUCCUUUAAAAGACAGAUGUGUUUACACUGCUCUAACAUGUGGUUUACAUGUGUCUCAGACCAUUUCCUUAGGUGGUUUGAGAGACUGCAUGAAGUGACCAGGUGUGGGAGGUGAGGGUAGUGUAUAUAGUAUGUAUUUAUAUAUGUCUGCACUUCAUGUCUAGUACUUUAUUUAGCUGCAGGGAAAUGCACUUCAGUCUAUUUUGAAUACUGCACCUUAGUUCUCUCUCUCUUUAUUAGGACUGAAAUACUCUAAUGAAGUCAUUCUACCUUAUUGUACGAUGGGGUUUUGUAUGUAUGUGCUGCAUUUAUUGUUCAGUUGCACAACCUAAUGAAGGCAAUUUUCUGAAAGAAAUGCUAAUAAAACUCUAAUUUGGCCAAUCGCAUUCAUUCUAAAGGGUUUGUGCAGUUCAUGGUAAGCGAAGACUUGUUUUUGUUGCACAUUUUCACUCAUAUGUUUAGUGAAACUUUGCUACGUAAGUUAACGUAGUCCUAACUUUGCUAAUGAUCUGGCAAGGAACUGCUUAGUCAUUGCUUUAUAUGUGAGUGUUCCUACUUUAUCCCAUUAUCUGUAUUUUUUUUUAGGUCUCACUAAUGUUCUGUUGAGUGUAACAGAAGUGAUCAGCACUUAGUGGGAGAGACUUGUUGGACUAUCAGUUAGAGAAUUUAAUGCUGUUUCACAAUGAAUUCUGUUCUAUUUAUCCAUGGUUUUGUAGGCUCACUGAGCUGCAGCAGAAGCUGGAAGGCCAUUAUUGUUAUAAUAUAAAUAAACGCUUGUGUUUGUUGAUGGAUUUGGAGUGGCCAACUCAGUGUAGAUGUGCAUGGUGAUUGUUUUGCAAUCGGAAACUCGCUUUUUAAACACAUUUAAAAUGUUUUGAAUAUAUUUCAAUAUAAAUGGUUCUGAAAGCAGAACAUUAGUAAGUAAUGGUUGAAUCGUUGAAUCUUAGUUUCAGAACAUGGUUGUGUGGCACUUAAAUGAGUUAAUUCAGAGACCAGACACACAUCUAUAGUGCACCUUAAAGAUGUUUUGCAUACGUGCCUUUUAUAUUAAGAAUUUCAUGAAUUUGUAGAGUGUGACUGGGGCACGGUUUUAGGCCAAAAAAAUGAUAAAAACACACAGACCCAUUCAGACAUACAUCUUGCAAAAUUUCACUUAAUUGUCCUCUAUGAAUCUGCCAUUAAUGGAUUUCUAACUGGUCAUGUUAAUUUUUUGUGAUGAGCUAAAAGGACAGUCCAGUUGACAGAAUUUGGAAGAAACCAGAAACAGGAAAGAACCCAUAUGAUAGAGAAAGCUAAUUGAGAUUGGCAUUGAUAUUAUAUAAAUUUUAAUACUAUUAUAUCAAGUUUAAUACACAAAUCAUCCAUCCACAAAUACAGUUUUCUAGAUCUGAUACUGGUCAGAAUCCCUAAAUUAAACAGUACACUAAUGAUUUUAAUGCUAUGGCUGAUAAGUGUAUAGUUCCAAAAUGGUUUAGUUAAUCCCAUGUUUUCAGGCAUAGUAAAAAAUUAAAUUAGCCAAAGAGUGAAUAAACAGGAAAACACCAGUGAUAUUUUUUUAAGGGUUUUAUCAGUGGAGAUAUAAAUGACUUAAAUUGCUCAUUGAUUCAAUUUGACAUAACCUUAUUUACUAGUUUGAUCAUUAUAUGCACAAGUAUUAUCUGUAUUUCCAUUGCUAGUCUGAGUUCAUUGAUCACUGAGGGUCAAUUUCUCAGACAGGGAUUAAGUGUAGCUGUAGAGUGUAGUAUAUAUUCCUCAAUUCAAAAUGCUGUGUAGUCCAAGACUAGGCUUAAUCCCUGUUUGAGGAUCUCCCCCUAAAGGCAUGCAGAUUUGAGGGUCAGACUAUAAACAUAUCCACCCAGUUCUUCUUCCCAUUUUCACAUUACAGACCAUUAAUUCGUUAAUUGGCUUCCAGUUGCGGUGAACAGUAAAGAAAAGUUCACACUUUGGGAGAAAUUCUGUACUGUGUUGGUGUGUGCUGUAUAAAAGUAAUGGGUCUUAAUGAGAGAGACACAGAAUGCAAUUUAAGUUGUGCAGAGUUUGUACUGGCUGAUCUUUUUCUACACAUCUACAUGUAGAGCUUCUAAAUCUGAGAAGUCUGACGGGAGUGUCUGACGUUGUGUUGUUUACUUCUGUAGUCCCGUUCUUUCUGGCUGCUGCAGUGGAACCUCCUUUUCAUCUGGACUCUCUUAUUAUCACUCUCCCUUACCCCCACUGUAUUUCAUGUAUUUAUAUUCUAUUGUACAGAUGUUUUAUCUGUCUAUCUGCAUUAUAAAUAAAACACAACAUAUUUAAUGA